AAAGAAACGAAGGAGGCCCCGACCACCCCCCCCUUCCCUACUCUCGCUUCGCUUCUCCCUGUCUCCCGCCUUUCCUUUCCCCUGCUGUCUCUUCCCUUCUACCGUCACAUCCGCAACCAGAAGGAUCGAAAAGAUAUUUAGCCGUUCAAUUUGUACGUUUUUUUCUGGAAAAGGGGAAUCAAUCAGAAGGCAAAGAUUUUGCGAAAAGUUGGUUAUGCCUUGGAGCUAGAUAUAUUUGAGGUUUGUUCAGAGAGCCUGUGACUGAAGCAGCAAACUCCUCAUUAGGAAAUUAUCUAACAAGUUUCAGUAUAAUAGACGCUUGAAGAGUAAGAGCAUGGAAAGAUAUUUAAACGAUGACAACUUGCUAUCUAGCUUCACUAAUGAUUAUGGUUAUAUUAUUUAGUUCCUAAGAGAUGAAGAAGGUGCAAAGCUUGAGUUGAAAGCUAAUAAAAGGAAUUCUUCAAAAGAAAAAGAUGCCAACGUGGAGAGCUGAACCUCUUCUCCUUGUGCUGGAGCUCCGGCAAAGUUGAAAAAAAUAAUCUAGAAGUUUCGUGGGAAUGAAGGCUCCAAAGAGCCUUGUGGUAUGGACAAUGGGAUUGGUAAGCUACUUAGAUGCACUCAAUCUUCAGGAAAAGCUGGUCCAUCUAAGAAAAUCAGGAAUUAUUUCGGACACACUUUUGUCUCUUCAGCAUCCACCGACCUACACUUUGGGGAGGAGGAGGACAGUUCACAAUUUGCUUAUUUCAGAGGAUGAACUUCAAUCCCUGGGAGCAGAACUGCAUUAUACACAGAGGGGAGGGGAUAUAACCUUUCAUGGUCCAGGCCAAGCUGUGGUUUAUCCCAUUAUUUCACUGAAGCAAAUGGGGUUGGGAGCAAGAAAGUAUGUCGAAAACCUUGAGUUAGCUAUGGUUGAGCUUGCAUCACUGUAUGGUGUGCCUGCUCGUGCAGGUGGGGAUGGAGGUACGGGAGUUUGGGUUGACGACAGAAAGAUUGGUGCUAUUGGUGUCAGGAUAUCCUCAGGCUUUACUUCUCAUGGAUUAGCGUUCAAUAUUGAUCCAGAUAUGAAGUUCUUUGAACACAUUGUGCCUUGCGGGAUAGCUAAUAAAGAGGUCACGUCACUGAGGAGAGAGACCAGGAUGGACCUUCCCGCUGAUGAAGUCAUUCAUCAGCAGCUAAUUUCCUGCUUUGUGAAGUUGUUUGGUUAUAGUGGUGUGACACUGCAUCAAGGUUCCCCAUCGCUUGAUAAUGAGGACGUAUUGAAAUAGCCUUUUCCAUGGCCAUGGCCGCGCAACUUACUGAAACCUCUUCGGAGUUACUUCACGUUUUUGUUGUCCGGCUGAGCAUUCUGUAUGUUGUAAUUUACUUUUUGAGAAGUUGAAUAAAUUUUCUUGAAACAAGAGUUCUCAAUAAUGAAUUAGUUCAUAGAUUUUGGAGUGACAA